UCAGGCUAUAGAUCUCUCUGACUAUAGAUUGAAAGAAAAAGAGAGGGUUAUAAUCUCCAUUUUUAAUUAUAUAUUCCAUGAUUUAACUUGUAAUUUGUGAAUUUAAAAAAAAUUCUUAUUAAAUUUUUCCAAAAUUUUACUUUUUAAUAUAGUGUGCGAAUUAUCGAGAAUAUUACUUUUUACUGAAAAAAAAAUAAUUAGUUUAUUUAGUUAAUCAAAAAUUAAAAGAGAAUAAAUUGAUACUUACGGGUAUUAAUGUAUUAAAUAAAUAAUAUAUCAUUAUGUCGUCUAUAUAUUUUUUUUAGUCAUGAAAUAAUAUAUAUUAUUUGUAUUAGAAGUACUUGAAUGAGAGUAAAAAUAUGCAAUGUCUGGUGCGUAAGAAAGAAUACAAUAACCAAGAAAAAAAACCUAAGAGAUCAUUUCCUUUCGAAGAAAAUUCUGUAAUGAGCAAUCAGAUAAAAAAAUUUAAAGUACAUACCAAUCAAGUGUCAAACACUAUGGAAAGUUCAUCUACAUCUGAAGAUUUCAUGAAACAUUCAAAGAUGUUAAAUAGAGAAUGUGUUUCACUUGUUGAAAAAAUGAGACCAACAUCUAUUACAACUUAUGUUGGACAAAAACAUGUAAUUGGUCCAGGCACUGUUUUGAGACACUUACUGGAAAAGAAAGAAAUUCCCAGUAUGAUAUUUUGGGGCCCACAUGGAUGUGGAAAGACAUCCUUGACCAAUGUAAUAACAUGUUUAAGCAAGGAAACAACAAAUAACAGCAUACACAUUGUAAACUUAUCUGCAGCCAACUCCGGUGUGAAAAAUGUAAGGGACGCUGUUACUAUUGCACAAAACAAAUCCAAGUUUGGCUGUAAAACCGUUGUGUUCAUGGAUAAAAUUCAUCGUUUCAACAAGCUUCAACAAGAUAUAUUCUUGCCACAUGUAGAGGCAGGAACAUUUACUUUAAUUGGGUGUACUACUGAAAAUCCAUCUUAUAGUUUGAAUCCAGCUUUAUUAAGCCGCUGCCGUGUGUUUAUGUUAAAUAAAUUAACCGAAUCUAACAUAAAGGAAAUUCUUCAUAGGGCAAUGGAAUGCAUAAAUGGAAUCGUACUUGAUACAGAAGGAGAAAGACACACAGGCAGUAGAGAGCAGAUUAUGUUUGGCUCCACUUCAAAGGCUUCACCUAAGUUUCAUGUUGACGAUCAAACAAUACAGUGGUUAUCGGAAGCGUGCGAUGGUGAUGCAUACGUAGCUUUGAAUACAUUAGAAUUAGCAGUACUUGCAAAAAAAUCAGAUAAAUUAAAGACAUCAUGGAGUAGCGAUUUUGCCAUAACUUUGAAAGACGUGAGAGAAAAUUUGAUACGAACGCAUCUGCUCUCUGAAGAAGAAGCCAAUCAGAGUCAUCAUAUAUAUUCUGCGCUUCACAAAUCAAUAAGAGCUGGUAAAGUAAAUGCUUCGCUGUAUUGGAUGGCGAGAAUUAUGGCAGCCAAAGAAGAUCCUGUAAACAUUGCAAGGCGACUAGUUAGGAUAUCUAGUGAAGAUAUUGGCUUAGCCGAUCCAGACGCCUUGGGUGUAGCUGUUCACACAAUGCAUGGGUGUCAAAUGAUUGGUAUGCCCGAGAGCGACGUACUUCUGGGGCAAUGCACAGUUUAUUUGGCAAAAGCACCAAAAUCUCGAUCAGUAUACAAUGCGUUAAAAGCAGCUGAAAAAGUUAUCUUGGAACACAAAGGUCCUCAAUCUUUUAUACCAUUACACAUGAGACACGAUUCAAGGGAAGCAAAGUUACAAAGCCUUGGUUGAAUCACCUAAUAAGGCAAGAAAGUUACUUAGAAUAACUUAUUUACUUCGACAAUUAAAACAUAUUAAAAAAAAAAAAAGGUUUAUAAAGAACUAAUAAAUGGAAUGGAAAAGCCUAAUAAAUGGAAUUUAUUAAAUA